AUGUACAGUGCUGCUAUAAUAAUAUUUGGCAAAACAGUGCAAGAAAAAUGCAGACUAUUCAAUGAAAAAGUUGCAAACGUGAAAGAAUCUAUCCUGAAAGGCAAUGUGGCUUUUGCUCUACCAUUGAUGAGAUAUUUUUGGUCAAACAACUGCAAGGAGAAGUGUGGAGAAAAACGAAUACCAGUGUGCAUAGCCUUCACUGAUCCAACGAUAGCCUUCAUACAGUCAACAGACAAGACAUCAACAGUACAUCAACAAACAGGGUGGCAGAGUCCUGUGCCUGAAGCCUGGAUCCACCUUCAGCCACCCCAUCCUGGAGCAGCAGCUUCCUCCCGAUCCAAAGCAGCUGCCACCAGUUCUCACUGCAUUGCGUGUGGAUCAGGCGCAUGCAGCAAGGCGCUGCUGGAGCCGUGGGACUGGAGCUCUUUGCCCAUCAGGAAAGGAGCCGAAUGUGGAAUAAAUGCAGAAGUAGAAAAACAACUUGAAAUGGGCAAGAAGUUACUGGCUGCUGGACAGCUAGCAGAUGCCUUGUCUCACUUUCAUACAGCUAUAGAGGGUGAUUCUGAUAACUACAUUGCCUAUUACAGAAGAGCCACAGUGUAUUUAGCCAUGGGCAAAUCUAAAGCUGCAAUUCGUGAUUUAAGUAAAGUGGUUGAACUUAAGCAGGAUUUCACAUCAGCAAGAUUACAAAGAGGACACUUAUUACUUAAGCAAGGAAAAUUCGAUGAAGCCGAUAAAGACUUCAAAACUGUGCUCAAAUCUAAUCCCAGUGAUAAUGAGGAACAGGAAGCCCGGUCUCGGCUGAUGAAAUCCGAUGAGCUGCAGCGACUGCAUUCACAAGCCCUUUCUGAGUACCGCCGGGAGGAUUACGCUGCUGCCAUUACUCUCCUUGAUGAGAUUCUUGCAGUUUGUCUUUGGGAUGCUGAGCUGCGGGAGCUUCGAGCUGAAUGCUAUAUGAAGGAAGGAGAACUGGGCAAAGCCAUUAAUGACUUAAAGGCUGCUACCAAACUGAGGAGUGACAACACUGAAGCCUUCUAUAAAAUCAGCACAAUAUACUAUCAUCUGGGGGACCAUGAGCUGUCACUCAGUGAAGUCCGAGAAUGCCUGAAACUUGACCAAGACCAUAAACCAUGUUUUUCUCACUAUAAACAAGUCAAAAAACUUAAUAAGCAGAUCAUAUCAGCAGAAGAACUUAUAAAAGAGGGAAGGUACGCGGAUGCCAUCAGUAAAUAUGAAUCUGUAAUGAAAACUGAGCCAAAUGUCCCAGUUUAUGCUACUCAUGCCAAAGAAAGAAUCUGCCACUGUUUCUCUAAGGAUCAGCGGUCUGUUGAAGCCAUAAAAGCUUGCACAGAACUUCUGCACCUGGAACCAUCCAAUGUGAAUGCCCUAAAAGACAGAGCAGAAGCCUAUUUAUUAGAAGAAAUGUAUGAGGAAGCUGUUAAAGAUUAUGAAACUGCUCAAGCCAACAGUGAAAAUGAUCAACAGAUUCGUGAAGGUCUGGAGAGAGCCCAGAAGAUGCUGAAGCAGUCUCAGAAGAGAGAUUAUUACAAAAUUUUAGGAAUAAAAAGAAAUGCUCGAAAACAAGAAAUAAUCAAAGCAUACAGAAAGCUAGCAUCACAGUGGCACCCUGAUAACUUCCAGAGUGAAGAGGAGAAGAGGCAAGCAGAAAAGAAGUUUAUUGAUAUAGCAGCAGCUAAAGAAGUCCUUACUGACCCAGAGAUGAGAAAGAAGUUUGAUGCAGGAGAGGAUCCAUUAGAUGCGGAGAGCCAGCAGGGUGGAGGACACCCUUUCCACAGAAGCUGGAACACAUGGCAAGGAUUCAACCCGUUUGGUUCAGGAGGACCAUUUACAUUUAAAUUCCACUACAGUUAGAACAAGACUAGUUUCCUGUGGCUGCUGCUUUACCAAACUUUAAAAAAAAUAAAACUCUCAUUUCAAGACUCUAAACAUAUGUUAUCCUUAACCAAAGAGUUUCUUACUACAAGAAAAGUUCACUUUAAUAUUGAAGCAGUUUGCUGUAUUGCGUUGAUAGUGGUGAGUGGGCUGGACAGGAUUCAUUAGUGCUGUUAUAUUUGCACAAGGGUAUAUGCAGAAUAGUCAUUCCUCCGAGUGAAAAAGAAACAGUAGGAUACUAUUCAGGAAAGCACUUAAUCACAUGCUGAAAUCCUCCUGAAGUUAAUGUGAUUUAAGUCAAUGUAACUUAAGCCUAUGCUUAAUGUUAAAGAUGCAUUUACAUUCUGUUUUAAUUAGGACAUUAUAGAAGUAGAAAAGAUUGGUAAUUACGUGUAGAUUCACAAAUGAGGAAAAAAAAAGAGUUGCCAGAGUCAGUGGAAUGAUUCAGCAUCUCUCAGCGUUCUUAAAAUAUACUAGUAAUUUGCCCAGCUACUGAACUGUAUUAAUAGCGGCAAUGAUGCCCUAUGUAUAGGCACCCAUGUAGAACCUAUGCAUAGGUCAGAAAGGCCACUACAGAAACAGUAAAUCAUAUUUCAACUGAAAAGCAACCUAAUUAAAUAAGAAUAUUCUCCCAGUCUAUCUCAUGAUGCACUUCAGUUCCUCACAGUACUUUUGCUCUGCUAAUAAAGCUCACAUAACUCUGGAGAAUUAAGUCCUGUAUUGGUAAGAGGAACAUUAUCAGUACAGAUGCAGUUGCAAGCACAACUCAUGCUCUUCCCUUAUUUAUAACAUCAACCCACAUAUUCUGGGACAUAAUUAUAGGGUCAUAUAGGACACAAAAAUGCACUUUGAUGGGUACAAAAGGUAAUGGAUGCUGUCUUCAUCUUUAUUUUUACUAUUAAACUAGAAUCAAAGUGAUCCUUGCCAUCUACAUUUGGCUUUAACUUGUCACUUCUCAUACUUGCAAUCUUAAGUUCGUGGGAGGAAAACCACGAACAAGAUGUCAGUUAUCUGAACAAAACGUAUCUUUUUUUUUUUUUUCCUUCUAGAGUUUUCACUUCUUUGUCUGAUUCUAACCUGCUACUUGACUCUGUUGGAUUUCUGCCUCUCACAAAAGCUAAUCCAGUUAAAGGAUCGUUAAUGCUGUUCUCGGACUAUGUGUAAAUGUGUUUCUUCCUAGCUGUUUGUUUAUUAAGUAGCAUUCUAUUUAGACACAUGUACAUUUUGUCGUGCUGUUUGAGGCUUUGAGUUUUAUGCUUUGUAAACUAUGGGUAGCAGAUUAUGCACAAUUUUGAGGGAGAAGCAAGGGAGAAGAGAAUAGGAAAUUGUCCAUGAUUUCCAUUUGGUCAUGAAGAACAAGCCUAGAGUAUAGCCAGUGGGAGGAAGUAUAGGUCUGUACGUGCACUUUAAUAUGCAUUACCCUAUUUUAAUGCAUCUUAAAGCAUCACUAGAAACCAUGGGCACUUGUACACGAGCAUGGGAGGUAGCUCCGAUGCGCUAUAAUUGCAGCGUGUCAGAUCAGACGCAAUUUAAUAAUCUGGUGGAGCAUGGCAAUUACCAUGCUCUAAGAUGUUCGGUCUACUUGUGGCCUAAGUGGAAGUCAGAUAGUACAAACUACACAUGAACGGAAUAACCUCUAUUUAAUAUAACGGGUGUUUACAGCACAAUGGCUUUCAGUAGUUUUUCAGCAAGCAGUACUUUUGAUCAUUUAAAAUCCUAAAAUAAGCAUAAAAUAUCAUUAACCUAAAGUGCCUGCUCAUGGUACCUCAGUUUUAUUCUAAAUUCUAUUUAAAAAUGUUAUCAACCAAUUUACAAAUGAAGACUUGAUAAAACUACUAUUUUAUGGUUAAUACUAAAAUGUUCAGAACUGACUUAUGACAUUAUGAAAUUAACUUGUAAACUUUUGAUAGAGCUUAAAAUUCCCUGUCACAUUUUUCAAAAGCAGCAAAAUACCAGUUGUAAUUAAGUUACUUCCAAGUAUGCCAGUUUUAUUUACAAUGGAGAUACGUUAGUUAUU